AUGACCAAUCAGUCGUUGUUCGACCUCUCGGGGAGGGUGGCCCUGGUGACCGGGGGCAGCAAGGGCCUGGGGAAGGCCAUGGCGCGAGGAUUCGCCCAAGCCGGCGCCGAUGUGGUCAUCAGCAGCCGUCACCAGGACGAGCUUGACAGAGCCCUGGUCGAGAUCCUGGAGGGAACCGGCAGCAAGGGCCUGGCCCUGGUGGCGGACCUGGCCCGACGGGAGGAGGCCGAGAGCCUGGCCCGGCGCACGCUGGAAAAAAUGGGCCGGGUGGAUGUCCUGGUCAACAACGCCGGGUCCAACAUUCCCGCGGUCAUCGACGAGAUCCGGGACGCGGAUUGGGACCGGAUCGUGGAAUUGAAUCUCAGCUCCUGCAUGGUGUUGACCCGUGCCCUGGUUCCUCAGAUGAAGGAACGCCGCUGGGGCCGGGUCAUUCACAUUUCCUCCAUCAUGGGCCUGGGAGGCAAGUCCAGCCGCAACGUCUACAAUGCCACCAAGCACGGACUGAUCGGGCUGUCCAAGGCCAAUGCGCUGGACCUGGGGUCCUCCAACAUUACCGUCAACUGCAUCGCACCGGGUCCCUUCUGGACGGAUUUACCGGCGUCGCUGCUGAACCAGGACCAGAAGGCCGUGUUUGCCCGGCGAACAGCGCUGGGGCGCUGGGGAGAAGCCGAGGAGCUCAUCGGCCCGGCCCUGUUGCUGGCCACCGAGGCCGGCAGCUAUAUCACCGGGGAAACCCUGGUGGUCGACGGCGGCGUGAUGGUCAAUACGCUGUGA